AUGGACUCAGGCCAUUAUUCUUCCGCUGCACGUCAUGUCGCCGCCGCCGCCGCCGGAGGUGGUGGUGCCAUCUACUCGGCCCAGCCCAUCGACCACACGCACGCCGCCUACCCUCACGCUCACUCGCACUUACAGACGCCCGCGCAUUCACCCCACGGUCAGCCACAGUAUUACCAGAUGAACACUGUGAGCCCGUCCGCACAAGGGCCCUCCAUGACGAGCCCGCGCGUCUUGCCAAACUCAGACCUCAUGCCCGGUGGCCACUCGCCUGGAUCAGCAACCUCCUCCGUGCCGCAAGGCAGGACUGGUCCGCCCGCCGGUCCUGCCUCCCCGGCUGCUUCAGUGUCGGGAGCUUCUAGUCCCUCUACCAAGCCCAUCCGCAGGCGCAUGCGCAUGAUCACAUCGUGCCUCGAGUGCCGCCGACGCAAGCUCAAGUGCAACAAAUCUCAGCCAUGCGUCAACUGCAUGAAGUUCUCCCGCGAUUGCGUCUAUCUUAGCCCCAAACUCGAUGAGGCAAGCCAACUGCGUCUGACCGAGAUCAAGGAGAAGGUCGGCUCCUUAGAGCGUCAGUUGGAGCGCGACGUUGCCAAGACCACAUCUCGUGCCGCCAUGCAGCAGGCUAUCCUCGCGGAUGACGUUGAGGACAACUUUGCCGAGGAGCGGGAUCUCGAGCCUACCGACAUGACUGCCCUUGAUGUGACAUACGAGGAGGACGCAGACGGAACCGAUGAUCUCAUUGAUCUGGGAGUCCAGGUCGGUCGUAUGCGCAUUACAGAACGGAUCGGCGGCCUGUCUAGGCCAAGGAUAGCAGAAGAGAUCUCGGCCGGUAUUUCUGGUCAGGGAGGUCCUCCGGGACCGCCUGCUGGCGGCCCGAUGGGCGGCAUGGGCGGAAUGAUGGGUAUGAUGGGCGGUAGGGGCAUGGGCGGGGCCGGACGAGGCGGGCCGCCCCGUGGUGGACCGCCCCCGGGGUAUCCCGGUUUCGCCGGCCCACCACCAGGCAUGGAUGCCAUGUCCGUUGUAAGCGGAAGUUCAAACGACUCAAUUCCCGACUUUUUGAGGCCAGGCGAAUCGUACAUUCCGCCUUCCAGUGGCUUCUUCUUCGGUCACACAUCCGAGGCUCUGUCUCUCGACAGGAGGCUGCCUCAAAAGGAAGCUGCAGACCGCCUCAUCCAGCAGUACUUCCAAGCGGUCCAUCCCGUUGCGCGGUGUGUUCACCGGCCAUCCUUUGAGAACGAGUACCGUAAUUUCUGGGAUGAGGUAUAUAGCAACAUUGAGCCUCGUGCCUCCAUCCAGGCCAUCAUGUUUGCGGCAUGGUUCAGUGCCGCAGUCAGCAUGGACGACCCGACGGUCAGGGAACUGUUCGGUGUCACAAAGGCCAAUCUGAUUGAGCGGAUGAAGACCGACACAGAGAGGGCGCUAGGAAAGGCCAAUUUCCUCCGCACGACAAGAGUCGAGACCAUGCAGGCUUUCAUCAUGUACAUGCUUCCCCUCUGUAGAGCUGAGGUAUCUCGAGCCCACUCUGUUCUCGUUGGUGCUGCCGUGAGAAUGGCGGAGUGUAUGGGCUUGCACAGAGAUGGAGAGACCUACGGAUUGAACCCCUUGGACACUCACGUUCGAAGACUCAUCUGGCACCAACUGUGUUUCCUCGACAUCCGGACUUGCGAAGCGCAAGGUCCGAGGCCGGCCAUUAGGAGGGAAGAUUACGACACCAAGCUGCCGCUCAAUUGCGAAGAAGACGACCUUUACGCCGCGGGCCCGCCGCCUGAGCCGGCUGACCAUUUCACCUCGACGUUGCCAUCUCUCAUUCGGUUUGAAUGCAACGAGAUGAUGCGGAUAAUCUGGCUGGACCGCCGCAGGCUCGAGAGUCGACGAACCACCCUGACUGCUGUUCUCACAAAAAUCGAGAACUUCAGACGACGCAUGGUUGAAAAGUACCACCACUUCCUUGACGGCACGGUGCCAAUCCAACGAUACGCCAAGCUGGUGAUGAACCUGCUUCUCUACCGGCUUCAUGCCAUGAUUCUUCACCCCUACCAUGCCAACGCCAACAGUCCCAUGACACAUCGACUGAACAACCUCUUGAUCACUUCUGGUAUCAUGAUUAUUGAAAUAUCCAUUCAACUUGAGAACGACCCAUUGUUCCAUGAAUGGUCGUGGUAUCUCGGCGCCUAUCAACAGUUCCAAAUUGCUCUGCUCUUGGCAACGGAGAUAUACUACCGACCGCAGAACCAGGAAGCCCACCGCAUCUGGGCCUGCUUGGACUACGUCUUCAACACAGACCGGACCCUGCCCCCCGAGAUCAAGGGACUGCAUAUCCUGGGCGAAAUCAUGGGCAAGAUGCAGGCGUACCAAGGCAUGCGCAAAAUGCGCGCGCCGACAGGCACGUCACGAGCGGCACCAAGCAGGAACGCCGUCGGCCCCAAGAAUGGCAACGCGGGGCUUCAGCCGCCGCAUCAACAGUACAACGCGCAGGACGCGCAGAUGGGCUUCAAGACGGAACCGGGUAUGGGCAACGGCAUCCAACAGCAAUCGUCACCCAUGAGCGGCAUGGGAUCCCCGGGCAUGGCGUCGCCGAAUGCGCAGAUGGCCGGCCCGCCUCCAGGCAUCGUUUUCGCGGGUGUUUCAAAUGGCGAGGCCAUCUGGAGUAUGCCGCCCGUGAACGCCGACAGCCCGGAGAGCAUCAGCGACGGUGCCAGCGUCGGCGGACACAGGCCUUCGCAGCCAGUGAACAUGAUGAACCCCCUUGAGGGUGUUGACUGGGACAUUAUCAACAACUUGUUCCCUCACGACCCGAACACGGGCGAACUCAACAUCUCGGGCUUCAACGACCCAUCCCUCGGGUUGAUCAACGGAUUCAAUUGGGUGCAGCGAUGA